CCUAGAUGCAAGGUUUUGCGGAGAUCGAGACUACUUCCAGUUCUUCAAGGAGAAGCAUCCUCGUGUGGUGCGGAACAUGCUCACUGCUUUAGUGAGGAUGUCGGCUACCCUAGUCAAGCCAGGUAACACGUCAACGAAAAAAGAACUGCAAGACCAAGCCUUGUGUGGUAGCGUUGUAGGGCUUGUAGGCGCUAUUGAUUUACGUGCUGAAGAAGACGGCGCAGCUCAGAAGGAUGGGGCGUCAGAGAGUAAGACAACUCCACGCGGAGGAGGACACACCAGCGCAACUUCGUCUGGUGGAAAUGCCCAGUACGUGUCGGGUGGUAGCGCUGGAGCUACAGGCAUCAGCAUUGGAGCCAGCGACACAGGCAAAAUGGACGCCGAAGAGCGAAAGCAGCUGAUCCUCACAGUAAGGCUACCGCUGGAGCAUCCUCAACAUCAACCUGGGCCCCUCUUUCAAGGGGAAAAGAAGUGCCCAAGGGAAAAGAAGUUCACAGAAGAAGAGGAUGCGAGCGCGGUUGUAGCUCUAAUUAUCCAUGGCUUUUACGCGUACGAAAUUUUUCCAGGAGAUGGCACUCCCAUAAUUCCUGGUUUGGUGGACUCGAACAUAUUAUCUAGAGGAACCGAUCCACAGUCAUGCAACAACUCUGGAGGCACGAGCAGCAAACGCAGCAAUGGUAAAGCAGGAUCGAGACAUUAAGCAGGCUCGUUACCUAAAACCUGUAAAGAUUCACCUUGAAGGAGGGCAUCUUUCACUUUGACGUGAUUCUACUUUGUUUUAGAGGGGACAAUAGUAAUAGUCUUCAAGUUCAAAGAUGGCCUUCUUCAAGAUGAAUCAAUAGAGAUAAAAAAAUGUCUAAAGUCAGGAAGAAAAGAAAAAACAAGCACAAAGGCAGCAUCAACUAGCUGGAGGUGAAAUGUCCAGGAUGGACCAGAUGCAUGCGCCGACUGUGUACCCCUACAGCGUCGGCAGUAACCCGCUUUGGAAUGCAUGCUUGAUGGAAAAUUCCCGUAGCAGCAAUGAUGUAGGUCAGAAGCCGCUUGAAGAUAUAGCAGCACACCACAAGAGGAUUCGCGCUUUGCAUAGUGAACGGCAGAUCUGUGUGGACAUCAUCCGGGAUCACAUGGCGCCAAACUUGUCGAAAGACAAAGUGUAUUUAAGGCCUUCCCUAAUCCAUUUUCUCACAAGAACAAGAUCCACCUUCCUUAACCUCUCAUGCCUAGUAAUCCAUGAACGAUGGUAACAGGGACAACAGCAUGCAUCUUCUCCCAGCAUGAUCUUAUAUUAUAGAGACAUUUUCUUUCAAGGUGGCGGGGGAACGUAGACGCACGCUUUCAGGAUGGACUCCGAGGAAAUGGAUUAGGGUGAGCACUAAUGCAUCACUUCGCCACACAGCAGAUGUUGCGUGUUUUGAGGGACGUACUGCCACAAGUGAAAAUCAAAGCAGGAAUUAUUAUGGCUUACUUUUACUCAUCUUAUUCUUAAGACUAAGAGGCAUCUUUGACGCGCUUUCAACGGGAAAAAGAGGUCAGAGAUGCGCUUCCAGCUGAAUAAAGGGAAGGUCUAAAGUUAGCAAAAACCGAGCAGCGAAAGCCAUGAACAAAAGAGUCAUGGACUGUUUUUCAGGGGACCAGCAGAAGCAGCUGAUUCCUUUCUUGACAUCAAGCUACAAAUUGACACACAAGGGGACGGACAUGGAGCCUAAUUUUCUGCCUUCAGGUAGUGGACAACGUGAACGUCUGUUGCUGGAAGGUGCGGAGCAGCAUGAGAACCCAACAGGAACGGGAAGUAGUCCUGCCCAGGGGAGUUCGGCGGAUUCACAACCACACUGCCCGAACACAAAAUCCGGUGUCCGGCUACUACACCAGAACCAGAGGAGCUCGAAACGCAGUCCUCAAGACAACGUGGCCGAUCGCGGAGACUUGCUUGACCUUC